AAGAUGGCCGACGACGUCGACAACAACAACCACGAUGGGGGGACGACGGCUGUGUUGGGCCCGGCGGCCCCGGUGUCCUUCAGCUUCACCCGAACGGCCCCUCGGAAGAGGGUUUUGGAGCCGAAAGGCGGGGAGGACAGGGAGGAGGAGGAGGAGGAGGAGGAGGAGAAAGACUUCCUUAAGGCUGUAGAAAGGAACCAACUGCAGAGCGUAAAACCGGUGGAGACUCCCAAGGAGCUGAUCAUCCCCCUGAUAAAAAGCAACCAGUGGAGGAAGCCAGCACCGGCUCCCGCAGUGCAGAAGGGGUCCAAGCCGCCUCCCCCCGAGGACGGAGUUCUGACCCAGGCGGUGAAAGAGAUCAUCGAAGAGUCGAAAAAGUCCCUAGAGGAACGAGAGAACGGCCCGCAGGUAGACCCCAACCUGGCCAUCCCGCUGCUCAUGCAGAACCGCGUCCCUGAUGGCUUUGAGGAUGGGGACAAGGUGGAUGUCAGCCUCCGGCCAGAGUCGGCGACGGAGGCGGAUUAUGAGGUGGUGCCAGUGGAAGCCUAUGGGAUAGCCAUGUUGCGGGGGAUGGGCUGGAAAGCAGGCGAGGGCAUUGGGCGCACCUUCAAACAGGACGUGAAACCACAGGAGAAUCAGCUGCGCCCCAAGGGAUUGGGCCUGGGAGCCGACAGAGCCGCUGUGGAAAAACUGGCCCCCCGGGUCCCCGGGCGGCGCCCCCGGCCCGGAGACAAGAGGCCGGCCGGCCAAGAGGAGGAAGAGGAGGAGGGGGAAUCUCAGAGGUUGGCGCCGGGGGUUGCUGUGCUCAUCCUCUCCGGACCACAUAAGGAGCUGUACGGGAAGGUGGAGGGGCUGGACCCCGACAAUGCCCGCGUGAUGGUGAGGCUGGCGGUUGGAGGCCACACGGUGACCAUCAGCGAAUAUGUGCUGAAGCCAGUCAGUCAGAAGGAAUUUGACAGUAACGCGACAGACCUGACCCGCCUGUCCAGACCCAGCCCGGAGCAGCGGAACGGCAUCGACCGGAGGCCGAGAGGUGGGUCUCCCUCCGUCUGGCGAGAGGACAAGGACCUAAAGAGGAGGCCGUCCCCGGACAGGGCGGCCGGAGCCAAGAGCAAGGAGAGCGGGCCCGCCGGAGUCACGGGCAAGGAGGGCGGGCCGGCCGGGUCUUCACGGACCCCACACUGGCUUCAGCGAGACCUGCGCGUGCGCUUCGUGGACAAGCUAUACAAGGCGGGGAGGUACUACAACUGCAAGAUGAUUAUUGAAGAUGUUGUGAGUCCAGACACCUGUGUCUGCCGGACAGAAGACGGCCGAGUCCUGGAAGGUGUGAAGGAGGCCAUGCUGGAGACCCUCAUCCCAAAGGGCGAAGACAACUGGAUCAUGGUAGUGUCGGGCCAGUUCUCGGGACGGCUGGGGCGGAUCCUGCGGCGGGACAGGGAGCGAAGCCGAGCCCUGGUGCAGCUGCAGCGGGACGAGGAGGGACCCGUUCUGAAGCUGGACUAUGAUGCCAUUUGCCACUACGUGGGCCACGUGGAUGAGGACUGAAGGCUCCACGUCCCUCUCCGAACCCGACCGGACCCAGCCGGGGCCCCAGCUGGGCCCGUUCUUCGAGCCCAAGCGAAGCCCCGGGGGUCACCGGGGGGUCCUGCCGGGUACCCCUCCCACACCACUGCCACGGCCAGCCCGGGCCUCUCGAUGCCCCGACCUCGCGGGAGGCCCCGGGCUGGACGUGACGGAUCCCGGCCAGAUUUUGACGUCAGCGGAUCCCAACUCCCAGGAGGAGUCUGGGCUCGUUCGGAGGGGCGAGGUGCAGCCCCGCCCCGCCCGCCUGGGGGGUCCUGGACUGCCACUUUUACCUGUAAAAAAUGUAAAUAAAGAGAAGUUUCCCAUA